UGGAACUCAGAUUAGCGCGGCAUUGUUGAUUGCCUUUCGGAAUGUCAGCUGAUGCUGGAGCUGCAGAUGUUGCCAAUGGUGGGGCUCCCCAACCUCGCCCACAAAAUAAACGGCUUCAACAAACACAAGCUCAGGUAGAUGAAGUUGUCGAUAUCAUGCGAGUGAAUAUGGAAAAAGUGCUGGAACGGGAUGCUAAGCUUAGUCAGUUGGAUGACAGAGCAGAUGCUCUUCAGGCAGGCGCUUCACAGUUUGAGGCAAGUGCAGGGAAGUUAAAGAACAAAUAUUGGUGGAAAAAUAUGAAGAUGAACAUAAUCAUUGGUGGUGUUGCGUUGGUACUCAUUAUCGCAUUAGGAUGGUACAUAUUUGGUGGAAAGAAACAAGAAGCACCUCCUCCACCACCGGCAGCUUUACCUGCUCCAGGAACACAUUCUGUAUCGAACCCUCCAGCUUCUAAGCAAGCACCGAAACAUGAGGCUUCCCAAAGACUUCGUCGUGAUGCUCCUCUUGUAGGGAGUAGAACUCCGUGAUCAGAUAAGCGGAUAUUAGCUUUCAUAGAAUUGAAAUGUUACUUCAGUUUAUAGGUUUAUCCCUAACUUCUAUUUUCACGUGGUUACAUGCGAAACUUGGACAUCUUAAAACCUU